UAGGCAACGCGCAUCACAUGAACCGGAACGGACGCAAAGAUUAAUGAUAAUGAAAAUUUAUAGGUAUCUCCCUCCAAAACAAAGCUCGAGCACCUGUCAUUUCAAAAUUCCCUAUGAAAAUCGACGAUAUCUCUUCGCCGGAGCUUCACGACGAUCUCCAAACUCAACUAUGCUCUCAAAUCGAAUCAUCCAUUAAAGAUAUCGAAAAAUAUGCACCUGGGACUGCCUUGCCGGAUUCCUUCUCCACCCAUCUCAGGCGUACCAUCUCUCAGCUCAAUUCCCUCUCUCCUUUCUCAAACUCCCUCAAACUCCACAUCUGGAAACUAUCCUACCGCCUUUGGAAUGCUUGUGUCGAUCUUUCCAAUGCCAAUGCCAAUGCCGCCGGUCUUAAAAAACACCAUGAGGAACACGCAAAGCUCCGUCAAGUUUCAGCCGACCUCCUCUUCCUCGCCGCUGACGUCUCCGGCAUACCAUCACCGGCGUUUAAAUGUGCAUCAUUCUUCUACAAAACCGGUCUUAUUUGGCAUGACCUUCGAAAAUUUGAACUCGCCAACUAUUGCUUCGAGAAAGCUUCCGAUCUGUUAUCCAAAGUUGACAUCACUAAUGUUUCAGAAUAUGAAGAGAAAAAACUUCUCUUAGAUCUCAAUAUUGCUCGAUCACGAACGGCUUGGGAAGUCUCUGAUAGAAAUUUAGCGAUUGCUCUUUUGAGUCGAUCCAAAAACGUGCUCUUCGCUUUUGCAGAGAACUAUAAAGCUUUAGCUAAUCAAUAUUUGAUGUUUGGAAAAGCAAUGCUAUCAAAAAAUGAAGUUUCUGGAGUGAAUGAAGCAUUGAAACUGAUGAAUGACGCACUGGAAUUGUGUGAAAGGGGUUUGACAGUUGUUAAGAGGACAGCGGAGACGUUAACUUUGAAGGAACUGAGAUCCAAGACGCUUAGAUUUUUGGGGGCAUCGCAUUUGCAGAGAGAUGAAUUUGAGAGCGUGUUGAAAUGUGUAAAGGUUUUAAGAGAUGGUGACAAGGAUCAGCAUCCGAGUCUUAGUGUGUUGGCAAUGAAAGCAUGGCUGGGAUUGGGGAGGUUCGGGGAAGCAGAGAAGGAGCUAAGAAGAAUGGUGGUGGAUAAGGGGAUUCCUGAAGGUGUUUGGGUAUCAGCUGUUGAGUCAUACUUUCAAGUUGUGGGGGCUGCUGGUGCACCAGUUGUGAAGGGAGUGUUUUUAGGACUUCUUGGAAGGUGCCAUGUAAGUGCUGAUGCAGCAAUUAGGGUCGUCAAUAAGGUAAUAGGGGAUCCUGCUGGUGGUGGUGAAGAGGCAAGGUUGAGGGCAAAGGUUGUAUCGGAUCUGGUCUCUGAUGACAGGAUUCUGACGCUCUUGAAUGGACACAAUGCUUCCAAGGAGAGAACAGCUAUGCAUGCUUUUCUUUGGAACUGUGCAGCAGAACACUUCCGAUCAAAAGAUCUCCAGACCAGUGCUGAUAUAUUUGAAAAAUCUAUGCUUUAUGUCCCUUCUGACAUAGAGAGCAGAAAUCUCAGAGCAAAGGGAUUUCGAGUUUUAUGUCUCUGCUAUAUGGGCCUUUCACAGCUUGAUCGUGCUCAGGAAUACAUAAACGAGGCAGAGAAGCUUGAACCGAAUAUAGCUAGUGCCUUCCUGAAGUAUAAGAUCUACCUGCAAAAGAAAGAACUCAAUGGUGCAAUCACUCAGGUGCAGGCAUUGCCAAGUUGCCUUGACUUCACCACUGAAUUCCUCUCUCUAGCAGCUCAUGAAGCUAUUGCUUGCCGUUGUCUACCAGUUGCUGUUGCUUCUCUGUCACUUCUCUUGAAUUUCUACUCCACAGGGAAACAGAUGCCAACAACUGAGGUUGUAGUUUUCAGGACUUUGGUCACGAUUUUGUCUCAGGAUUCUCAGAAUGAUUCUGAUAUCCUAAAGCAGAUGAAACGAGCUCAUUCUCGGCUACGUGAGAUGAGUGCUGAGAAUUUUUUUGGGAAAGGUGAAAUCGGAAGAAGGGAAAGAAAUUGGUUUUCAGUGAAUGCAUGGAAUUCGGGGGUCAAAACAGGACAGGAGAAUCAAUAUGCAAUUUGUGCAGAGUUCUUUAGAUUGGCAUCAGAGUUUUAUGGUGCUUCAAUUGAUGAAGAGAAAGAAGGCAACCAUGUAAUGGUUUGUAAAUCACUGAUUAUGACAGUAUCUGCAAUAAUCUCAGAUGAGAAGCUAAGAACUAAUACAUUAUUGGAAAAUGAAGUGAAGGAAGCUAUUUCUUUGCUAGACAGAGCAGGAAAGAUGUUAAUGUCAAGCUCAACAGAAUAUGACAAGUUAGAGGCCAUCAUCGAGCCUAAUUUCUUGUUUGUGUACACUUGGUGUGCUUUUGAUCUACAUUCAAGGCUUGAUAACACGGGAAGCCAACAGUUCCUCCUUAUAAAGCGCUUUGCAAACUCAAAAUGUUGCAACCCAAGCCAUCUACUUCAGAUUGGCAUUAAUGCCUCACAAGGACCAAGCUCCAACCACGAAGUAGCCAUCUUUGCAUUAAGCACCUGCCUCUCCACAUUCCUGGCUUUGCCUUUGCCUGAUUAUGCAAGUGUGGCACAAAUUGUGAGGAAACUUGUUAGUCUAAGAAGCAUCCAUGGAACUGAUACUAAUGAUGAUGCAAAAAUGGAAACGUACAAGCAAGCGUAUCGAAUAAUGGUGGGUUUGAAAGAAGGAGAAUAUCCAGUUGAAGAAGCGAAAUGGCUUGCCAUGACAGCAUGGAAUAGAGCAGCUGUCCCUGUGAGGAUGGGGCAUAUGGAUGAAGCAAAGAGGUGGAUGUCUAUGGGUUUGGAGCUGGCCAAGAAAGUCCCAGGGAUGCAAACAUACAGGUCAUGCAUGGAAGAUUUUAUUGCAGGGUUUGAGAAGAAGUUAUCAGGGGCAUGAUGAUUGUCAAAGCAGGUAAUUUGUAGAUAUCCAGGCGCUAAAUUCUUCGCUGCACACGAGAUCAUGAAUGGAUACUGAAGUUAACCACGCAUUUAUUGUCGAUGAUUGCAAGACCUUUUUCUUUUUGUAUUCUACUUUUUGCGCUUUAAAGAGGAAUCAUAGCUCCAGUGUGGAACUGAGGAAAGUUAAAUAGGCAAAGGAAAGAUUGAUUUCAAGUAGAGAAGUGGUAAUUUUGUGAAAGUUUGGCUAUAGGGGCUUUUCGACUUGUGGAACAUAUUUACUUCGUUUAUCA